AAUUUGACUUAAAAAUUACUAAAGUUUGUAAUCAUUGAUUUUGCACAUAAACAUUUCUGAGAUAUUAGGCCACAAUAUAGGCCUACUAUUAAUCUUUUUACUAUACUAUAUAUAUUUAUAUAUUUUUUAUUCAAAGGCUUUUCAAAAUUUCCGUGACCGACGGAGGAAAAAUUUAUCAAGUAGUUGCAGAUUGCAACCUGGUAGAAAUGCUGAACUCAGAUGAUCAAGAGAGAAGAAAACAGGCUCUUGAUUUUAUCAAAAGUACCUCAGGCUGUCAAGGAGAGAGUAGCAAUGAUAAAAGGACACAAGAGGAGAAAGAUGUUACUGAUGUGAAAAAUUGGUCAAAAGAGGACAUAAAAUGUCUUUUUGACAUCAGAAGACAAAAAGAGAAACAAUUUAAUGGAAGCAAGGUCCACAAAUCCCUUUGGGAUACUAUAUCACAUGAACUCUCUGACCUCGGUAUUGCAGCGACUGCAACCCAGUGCUCUAACAAAUGGAAAGCCAUGAAAAGGGAAUACAAAAAGACUGUUGAUAACAAUUCCCGUACAGGUGCAGAAAAGAAAACAUGUCCUUUUCAUGACGAUUUCGGAGAACUCUAUGGUAACAAAAGUGGAACAAGACCACAAUAUGUGAUGGCUUCCAAAAAGGUAAAUACUGAAGAUGACAAGGAAGAUUCUACAUGCAAUUCAGGAUCAUCACCAGAAUCCUCCUCUAAGACAUCAACAUCAUCAUCAUCGUCAUCUGCUGCAAAGAAGAUCACAAAACGAAAAAGAAAAGAUCAGUUCUCGUUACUAGAGGAAUACACUAAAGGACAAGAAAAAUAUCGUAAAGAGAGAUUUGGUAUCAACUUAAAGGAAUUUUAUGAUUUCCAAAAAUAUGACCAAGAUUACUGCAAAGACCUACAAUUGUACCUUAUGCCUACUCCCACUAAAUGUUUCAAUUCACCAGUUUCAUACGUAACACCUAUUGUCAACUCUGACUGUGAAAAUAUGGAUGAAGAUGUGUCUUCACAGCAAUUGUCAACCAAGUGUUUCACUCCUCAGACAUUACUCAUUGAAACAGGUUUAAAUAUUGAGCAUGUGUCUGAUACAGACAGCUCAGAUGUUAGAAUUGCUACAUUAAAAUAA